CCCAGUGCUGCGCCGAGCCAGCAGCCGGCUCUCUGUCAGCCCAUGGUCUUCAUGGGCACCCAAGUUCCCAAAGGUGCAGUUAUGUUUGUUUUGCCCCAGCCCGUCGUGCCGAGCGCCAAGGCUCCCGUUAUCAGUCCAAAUGGCACGAGACUCUCUCCCAUUGCCCCCGCUCCUGGCUUCGUCCCUUCUGCAGCAAAAGCCACUCCUCCAGUGGAUUCUUCAAGAAUAAGAAGCCACAUCUGCAGCUACCCGGGAUGUGGGAAGACAUACUUCAAGAGCUCCCACUUGAAGGCCCACAUCAGGACACACACAGGAGAAAAGCCAUUUAGUUGUAGCUGGAAAGGCUGCGAGCGGAGGUUCGCUCGGUCUGACGAACUGUCUCGCCACCGCCGAACGCACACCGGGGAGAAGAAGUUUGCCUGCCCAAUGUGCGAGCGGCGCUUCAUGAGGAGCGACCACUUAACGAAGCACGCGCGUCGCCACUUGUCGGCUAAGAAGCUGCCCAACUGGCAAAUGGAAGUGAGCAAGUUAAAUGAUACAGCCGCGCCACCAGCGCCCACUCAGUGA